AUGAUAGCCAUUGCUAAAAAACGUUUAAUUUAUUCAUCACCAGCAUCGAUCACACCCGAAAUACCUACAAAAGCAACUAAUCGUUUUGUUUUUCCAUUACCAAAAUUAGAAAAUACAGAACUAUCAUCAAAAACAGUAUGUGAAACAUCGCCACCAAUUUCUGUUAAUGAACUUCCAUCAAAUUAUAAAACAUUUGAUUUAGCUAAACGAUAUCAAAGAUAUUUAUCAUCUGAUUCAUCGUAUACAAGUUCAAACCAUCGUUCUUCAAAUCCUUUACCAUCAUUUUCAUUUGAUACAGUUAAAUCAAAAAUUCAACAAGUUCAUCGUCUUUCAACACCAUCGCCAAUUUUAUUUCGUUCACUUGAGCCCAUUGAUUCUGAACAAGCUUCGAAAGAAUAUUCAUCAGAUUCUGAUGAGCAAGACGAUGAAUCAUCAAUGGCACCUCCAACACCGUCAUUUGAGUAUUCACUUUUAGAUUUAUUUCGUAUUGAAAUUAUUUAUAAAUUACAUUAUUCAAUUGAUGAUGAACAACUUUUAUUUCAAUUAAUAAGUUUAAGAUCUACACAACCAUUAAUUGAACGUUGUUUUUCAUCCCUUAUUUGUAAAAUUCGUUUAUAUACAAAUAAUGAUAAACGUAAAAAUAAAAAAUAUUUUUCCAAAAAAGAUCCAAUAAAUGAAAUAUUUAAAUUUGAUUUGGAUCAAUUUACACUGGAGCAAAGUUAUAUAAAAAUAAAUGUAUUCGGACAACAUAAAAAUGAUAAACGUUUAGAACUUGGUCAUACUGUUCUUGUACUUAAUCAAUAUGAUAAUUUAAUGAUAAGAUCUGGACAUCAUCACGAUGGUGGAUUAGCAGCAAGUGAACAACAUACAAAAUCUAUGCCAAUAAUUGAAGAUAAAAUCGAUAUGAUAACUCAACAACAGGUAACAUCGGAAAAUGAAGCACGUGCAUUAAUUUCUUUGGUUUAUGAAAAUGAUCGAUGUUUACUUCAUGUUGGUUUAAUAAAAAUAAUUGGUAUUCAAUGUUUACUUAAACAACCAAUUAGCCAUUCUCAACAUCGUGAUCUGAUUCAAAUAAAGAUUUGUACAAUGGUUGAUGGAAAAACAAUAAUAAAGAGAAAAUCAAAAGGAAUCCUAAUGGAAAAAAAUCAUUUUACAUUUAGUACAUCAUUUCAUUUUGAAUAUUUGUCUCUUCAUAAAACAUCUGUUAGAAUAACAAUCUGCUAUCGAAAAACAUUAAUGAGUUCUCAAAAUAAGCCACUAUCAUCAAUUGAAUUUGGUUCGACACAAUUAAAAAACCAACAAGUUUUUCAACAUUGGACAGAUACAUUAUCGGGACCAAAUCGACCACAUGUUCAUUGGCAUACACUUGAACCGAUUUCUAAAAUUAAAGAAAAAUAA